GACACCGUCAUUCGUCCCCACUACUAUAAGAAUAUGCAUCCCAAAGAAUGUUGCAUUGGUGGUGGUGUGGUAUGCGAGUCCAUGUGGCGUUACCUAUUAAAACAACAUGUCGAAAUGGUGGAUUAUGAUUUUAGUGAUGAAAAAUAUAAAUUACAUUUUCAAUAUCCCUAUGGAGCCACUUUAAAUGUUUCGGAUCCUGCUAAUGUUUUAAUGACUACUGGCCCUGUGGUGUAUCCCUUCAAUCGUCCAUUAAUGAGUUAUUAUUGUAAUGAAAAACAAGGUAAAAUAUUGGCUUUGGGAUCAGGCUAUAUGUUUCAUGAUAAAUAUUUGACCAGUGAUAAGACCAAUGAUGCCAUUUUGGAAUAUAUAUUGAAAUUAUUGGGUAGUAAUGAGUUGAAAUUUAAUCAUUUGGAUUUUAAUGAUGUGGAGCUAAACGAUAAUAAAACCUUUAACGAUAUUGGUUUUAUAGCUGAUUUACCCAAGGCUUGCUUAAUUGAUUCUAUAGGUUCUGAAAUUCCAGCCGAUUUUAAGCAAAUGUUUGAUAUGACUUUAUAUGGUUUAAGUAAUCGUUUGCUAAAGGAUGUUAUCAGCGCUUAUCAACAGUUAAAAGUUAAAUAUGAACCUUUAAAGAUUAUUAAGCCACAAUUUGAGAUACCUUUGCCUCCAUUGCAAUUGGCGACCUUUCCGCCGGUUUUUAGUGAACCUGCUGCUCCUCCUUUAGAACUGUAUGAUCUGGAUGAGGUCUUUAGUCCUCCCCGCUCCCAGUUGGCCAAUAUGACAGGCCAAUGUUUGCAAUCUUUACAGGCUAAGGAUCCUCAUAAGUCACCCAAUUUGAAAGAGUUGGAGAAUUAUAUAAAGGAAUGUGCCCGUAUUACGGCCAUUAUCAAUGAUCAACAUGAUAUGCCCGCCAGAGAAAUUUUGAAUAUUGUCGCUCAACAAAUCAUUAGCUAUCGGCCCUAUGAGUAAGAUUAUUGUCCACUAUAAUCAGUUGGAGAAAUUUUGCAAAUCAUACACCUUAAACUAAGUUCAAUCCAAACAUUAAUCCUUAACCCAAAAACUAUACCUUAACAUUUGUACAUAUUAAGUUAACAAUAUUAUAAUAUAAUAAAAAAAAGUUUUAAAUUUCUUUUCAAUAAAGAACCUAAUUUUUCUAAUUUGCUG